AUGCCUCCUCAGCUGCAAAACGGCCUGGAGUUCUCCUCCAAAGUCAUCCAGGGCACCCUGGACAGCCUGACCUCGGCGGUGAGAGAGUUUGUGGAGAGCAGUGCCAAGCUGUGUCAGCCGGACUACAUCCACAUCUGUGACGGCUCCGAGGAGGAGAACCAGCGGCUGCUGGACCGCAUGGAGCAGGAGGGCGUGAUCAAGAAGCUCAGGAAAUACGAGAACUGCUGGCUGGCUCUCACUGACCCCAGGGAUGUGGCCCGCAUAGAAAGCAAGACGGUCAUCAUCACCCAAGAGCAAAGGGACACAGUGCCCAUCCCCAAAGCCGGCCAGAGCCAGUUGGGCCGCUGGAUGUCGGAGGAAGACUUUGAGAAGGCCUUCAACGCCCGGUUCCCAGGGUGCAUGAAAGGUCGCACCAUGUACGUCAUCCCGUUCAGCAUGGGGCCGCUGGGCUCCCCCCUGUCCAAGAUCGGCAUCGAGCUGACAGACUCGCCCUACGUGGUGGCCAGCAUGCGGAUCAUGACACGCAUGGGCUCCGCUGUCCUGCAGGCGCUGGGUGAAGACGGGGAGUUCGUCAAGUGCCUGCACUCCGUCGGCUGCCCCUUGCCUCUGAAAAGUAAGCCUUCCUGGCCUCUGGUCAACAACUGGGCCUGUAACCCGGAGCAGACACUCAUCGCCCACCUGCCGGACCGCAGGGAGAUCAUCUCCUUCGGAAGCGGCUAUGGGGGCAACUCCCUUCUGGGGAAGAAGUGUUUCGCUCUACGGAUGGCCAGCCGGCUGGCCAAGGAGGAGGGCUGGCUGGCGGAGCACAUGCUGAUUCUGGGCAUCACCAACCCCGACGGUGAGAAGAAGUACUUGGCAGCCGCGUUCCCCAGUGCCUGCGGGAAGACCAAUCUGGCCAUGAUGAACCCCACCCUCCCGGGCUGGAAAGUGGAGUGCGUCGGAGACGACAUCGCCUGGAUGAAAUUUGACGAGCAAGGAAACUUGAGGGCGAUCAACCCAGAAAACGGCUUCUUUGGUGUCGCUCCUGGGACCUCUGUGAAGACAAACCCCAAUGCCAUCAAGACCAUUCAGAAAAAUACCAUCUUCACCAACGUGGCUGAGACCAGCGACGGUGGUGUCUUCUGGGAGGGCUUCGACGAGCCCCUGGGCCCUGGAGUCACACUCACCUCGUGGAAGAACAAGGAGUGGAGCCCGGAGGACGGCGAGCCCUGUGCCCACCCCAACUCGCGGUUCUGCACCCCUGCCAGCCAGUGCCCCAUCAUCGACCCCGCCUGGGAGUCUCCAGAGGGCGUGCCCAUCUCUGGCAUCAUCUUCGGGGGCCGCAGACCAGCUGGUGUCCCUCUGGUCUACGAAGCCCUCAACUGGCAGCACGGGGUGUUCGUGGGGGCAGCCAUGAGGUCAGAGGCCACCGCAGCUGCUGAACACAGAGGUAAAGUCAUCAUGCAUGACCCGUUUGCCAUGAGACCCUUCUUCGGCUACAACUUCGGCAAAUACCUGGCCCACUGGCUCAGCAUGGCCCAGCGCCCGGCGGCCAAGCUGCCCAAGAUCUUCCAUGUCAACUGGUUCCGCAAGGACAAGGAGGGGCGGUUCCUCUGGCCCGGCUUUGGGGAGAACUCCAGGGUCCUGGAAUGGAUGUUUAACCGGAUCAACGGGGAGGACAGCGCCAAGGCCACGGCCAUCGGCUAUAUCCCCAAGGAGGACGCCUUGAACCUGAAAGGCCUGGGCCAGGUCAACCUGAAGGAGCUGUUUAGCAUCUCCAAGGAGUUCUGGGAGAAGGAGGUGGAGGACAUCCAGACGUACCUGGAGGAGCAGGUCAACGCAGACCUCCCCUACGAAAUCGAGAGAGAGCUGCUCUCCCUGAAGGCAAGAGUCAGCCAGAUGUAA